AUGCUUCCCGGCGCCCUGGCUUGGCACUGCGGAAGCUCCGCGGCGCUACUCAGCUUGCCCGCGGCUCCGGGAUUUGGCAACCUGGGCAAAAGUUUCCUGAUCGAGAACUUGCUGAGGGCCGGCGGGGCCCCGCCGCCGCCCGCCGCUCACAGCCUGCUCGCCACGCCAGUCCCGCUCAAGCUGUGCCCUGCCGCCGCGGCCGCGGAACAAAUCAGCGCCCGCGGAGGCGCCUUCCCGAGCCGCGGCUGGCCUUUCCAAGCGCUGCGCUCCUCCUCGGCCGCGGACGACGGCAGCAGCAACAGGGCGCCGGCGGACAGAGACGGCACUUUCCAGCCAGCAGCCACAGCUCUCCCGAAGCACUUUUUCUUGAGAGCCCCACCGAUCUAUUCGGCGUGCUGCGGUGGGUCCUGUCAACACCCUUGCACCCCCACUGCUUUUGCAAGACAGGAAAGCAUUCUACCACUUUUAACCCAGGAUUCCAGAUCCCGGAGAGGCAUUUUAAGAAGGGCUGUCUUUUCUGAAGAUCAAAGAAAAGCUUUGGAGAAAAUGUUUCAGAAACAGAAAUACAUCAGCAAAACAGACAGAAAGAAACUGGCCCUCAGUCUGGGUCUGAAGGAGUCUCAGGUCAAAAUCUGGUUUCAAAAUAGAAGGAUGAAGUGGCGAAACUCCAAAGAAAAAGAAGUGCUUUCAAACCGGUGCCUGCCAGAGGAAGGUCUACAAAAGAGCUACCUCUCCAAAUCUUUGAAUUUUACCUCACCACCAUGUCCUGCAUGGGAAGCAGCUCAACAGCAGUUGAGCCCAAGAUGGCAGAAACUUCCAGAACAUUCAGAGAGACUGAAUAGCAGAAGUAGCUUGCGGCCACCUACAAGAGCAAACAAUUCUCCUGAUACAUUGUAUUUGUAUAGGGAUCAUGGCACCAUGGAGAAGGCUGUUAAAUCCUAAGGGGGAAACUGACAGAGUAAUGACAGACCAUUGACUUCAGGUGAACCCCAGACUAACUUUAUUUUAUAUGAACACUGAAUUAGUUUAUGUACACCACCAUUUGCUAAAACAAAAUAUAACACAUUUAUAUUGGCAAAAACUGAUGGUGUAAGAUUCAGUAAUCAGCCUUCCCUCAUGUUCCUUCUGGUCUUGAUCAGUACUUGCAAGUGAAGUAGGAAGGAACUGAUGGUAAGUAAACCUUGGGCGUGAAACUAGGAUCUCUUUCUCUCUGUAUAUAGUGUAUGUUCUGUGUACACAUACAAACAAAUUUUGGGUUUUUUGCAGUCAUUCUCUUCAGACCAAUUAAUUUAAUA